AAUUUCUCUCUCGAAAAGAGGAAGAUGUCGUGGAAAUCGAAGAUUCAGAAGGGUUCGCGCCUCGUUCUAGGCCAAGUUCAAAGGGCUUGUCACGAGGAUUCGGAGGUCGAAGUUCUCUCACUGCCCUUGAAUUAGCCAGCAAAUUCAAGUCGGACCAUCCAUUUUUAGAGUGGUGAUGCGACCUUCUUAUAUUCAGAAAUAUUUGUGCGUUCCUUGUGAAUUCUUCAGGAAACAUGUUCAAAAGGACAAGCAACUUGUGACUCUUAGGUACUCAGACAGAUCGUGGCAAGUGAAGCUGAGGAGCUAUGAACACAGACGAAUGGCAUUUCUCUCUACCGGUUGGUCCUCAUUCGUGAGAGAAACUGGUCUUCAUGUAAGUGAUGUCUGCGUGUUCGAGCUCAUUGAUAGGAAUGACAUUAUGUUCAGAGUCUGCAACUUCAACAAUGAUGGUCGGAUUGAAAUCGGACAGUCUCAAUGUCAAGAGAGCUCUUCGGAGCCAUCUUUUCAUGGUUCUCCAUGUUUGAGCCCUGUCACUGCUCAUGAAAAAGCUAGUGGAUUUGAAUCGGACCAUCCCUUUUUCAAAGUGGUGAUGCGGCCUUCUUAUGUUCGGAAACAAUUGAGCAUUCCUAGUGGAUUCUUCAGGAAACAUGUUCAAAAGAACAAGCAAAUUGCGACUCUUAGGUACUCAGACAGAUUGUGGCAAGUGAAGCUGAGGAGCUUUGAACACAGAGGAACGGCAUUUCUCUCUAAUGGCUGGUGCUCAUUCGUGAGAGAAACUGGUCUUCGUCUAAGAGAUGUCUGUGUUUUUGAGCUCAUUGAUAGGGAUGACAUUGUGUUCAGUGUCUACAUUUUCAAGAGUGAUGGUCGGAUCAAAAGCAAACAAUCUCAACACAAAGAAAGCUCUCCCGAGCCAGCUUUUCACUUUUCUCCAGGUCUGAGCCCGAUCUCUGCUUUUGAGAAAGCUAGGAGAUUUGAAUCGGACCAUCCCUUUUUCAAAGUGGUGAUGCGGCCUUCUUAUGUUCGGAAACGUUUGAGCAUUCCUAGUGAAUUCUUCAGGAAACAUGUUCAGAAGAACAAGCAGGUUGCGACUCUUAGUUACUUAGACAGAUCUUGGCAAGUGAAGUUGAAGAGCUAUGAUCACAGAGGGAUGGCAUUUCUAACUAGUGGUUGGCCCUCAUUCACAAGAGAAACUGGUCUUCGUCUAGGGGAUGUCUGCGUGUUUGAGCUCAUUGAUAGGGAUGACAUUGUGUUCAGAGUCUCCAUUUUCAGCAGUGAUGGUCGGAUUGAAAUUGAACAAUCUCAAUUCCGAGAGAGCUCUUUGGAGCCAGCUUUUCACGGUUCUCCAUGUCCGAGUCCUAUCACUACUUAUGAAAAAGCUAGCAAAUUUGAAUCGGAGUAUCCGUUUUUCCACAUCGUGAUAUUGCCAAAUCAUAUAUACACAAAAUUGAACAUUCCCUGGAAGUUCAUGAAGACAUACAUUCGGGGAGACCGGCGAAUGGUGACUCUUGUUAAUUCGGGAAGAUCGUGGGAGGUGAAGCUCCAUGGCUAUAAGCGCUUCCAGAUUGCAUUCUUGGCAGCCGGCUGGUCAGCAUUCGUAAGAGAAGCUCGCUUGUGCAUAGGAGAUGCCUGCGUGUUCGAGCUCAUCGAUAGGGACAACAUAGUGUUCAGAAUCUCCAUUUUCAGUAGUGUAAAUAAGGAAGUGAUCUGCAUCGAUUGAGGUGAAUCAAUGGAAUUGUCGCGUAUUAGGCUGUUUACAAUGCCGAGAGGAACUCGAGAAACUAAUUUGCCA